CACCAAAGGGGAACGUGUGCACUUAACCGCUGAGCCACCGGGCUGGCCCUUGUCUUCCCGUAUUUUAAAGGCCAGGUCCGAGGAUGCUGAGUGCUUGUCCUCCACAUCUCCAGGCGGCCAGCCUCUGGGUGCUCUUGGACCUCGCCUUUCAGAGUCUUCACCUUCUCAGAUUUUUUUUAAGGAUGUUAGGUGGUUGGUUUCAAAGCUGCUCCUCAGAGUGGGAGCAAUUCAAGUAGAUGGAUGUGAGGCGCACAGACGGCAAAGUAUCAUUUGUUUCGCCUGGGAUGCAGGGAAUAGCCCUGGAAGGAAAAGCUGAUGCGGACACUGAGAGUCUGUGGAAGUCAUAGCGCGCUCGCUUGGUCUGAAGUGGCUGGUGUGCCGCAGUGGCUCUGCCAGUCAGUGAGUCGCCAUAGAAAUGUUAAUUUGCAUUUUUUGCUAAUGAAAUAAUUUGCUGAGAGGGGGCCAUUUAGUGAGAAGUUCUCCCUCCUGCUUUUUUUUUUUUUAACCUUGAGCUGCCCAGGGAUAGCUUUCAUUAACCACAAGAGUCAUAGAAUUAAUGGAAUCUUUUGUUUUCUGUUAUGCUGGUUCUCUUUCCCAGGACUGAGCUCCAGGUGCCUUAAAAAACAGCAUCACAAAAUACAAUGCAGAAGAGCAGACACCAAACUGAGUUGGUAUUCUGGCUGCAUGCCAAUAUAUUUCUUUUGGUAGAGCGCACUGUUUAGAAACUGUAGGUCUUGGUGAUAAAAUGAUUUACCGCUUCAGUAGUUCCAGUAUGAAGGAGAGAGUGGUUAUAGAAAUGUAGCUUUGAGAGACCAGCCGAGGGCCAAGGCCAUUAACGUCUAGGUAGGUUUCCUAGAGCUCAGUCUAAAGGAAAAGGAGUUACCACACUCAUUAAGAAUCCUGAUGAAUGCCAGCCACGUUUUCUUCUUUUAAGAUACCUCUUUCUAAGCUAAAUAAUACUUGUCUCUAGUGACCUAAGUCAGUGUCUUUGGAGGGCCCUUGAGCAGGCUCCGCUCUCCGAAGGAUGCUGUUGUGGAUGUGAUUUCAAGGUUUCCUGUUGCUUGCUAAUCACCGGUUAAGUGAAAGCCAAAUAAAACGGCUCCUUGCCGUGCCCCAGGGGAGCGGCCCCUCUCCUCUUCCCAUCUCUUUGCCCAGAAGUGCUGCCAUCAUCUGUAGGAGAUCAAUCUCCUCCAGGUACUUAAGAAAUCUCCUGGCCUAUGGAAGUGGAGUAUUGCAUCAGGGGAUUGAUCGCCAGAAUUCAGAGAAUCAUUGAACGUCGAGGUGAGCACACAUUCUCAGUAAUAGGAAUCCAAAGUCAAUGCCAGUUUUGCCUGUCCAGUCCUUUCCUUAACCUCAUCCUCACCAGUGAACCACAGCCGACACAAAUAGACCGUUUACACGGUAAAAACACCCGGUGCCAUCGUCCCCGGCUGGCCACCUUGCCUCUAACUCCACUGAUAGAGGAAUGAGUUAUCAGGCUGCAGGGGGAGGGGAGGGAGUGGCUCUGUUAGUUGUGCUGGAGAAAUAAGAAGGUAAUGCCUUCUGUGUGACCUCGCUGUGUGUUAUAUGUUGUGUCUGUCGGCAUAAAUCUCUGCCUGGGCUGUUAGAGUAAGCUCUUAACAGACCUCCCCGCUUCUCCAACCCACCCACUUGAGCAUCGUUCUAGAGUGAUUCUCUAGCAUCAGAGCCCUCCAGAAGCUGCCCCCUGUAUCUGGAAUAAAACCUGAGGUCCUUAGCACGGUCUGCGGGGCCCUGUGUGAUCUGGCUUCUGGUGGCCUCGUAAGGUCAGCUCACAUCGCUUGCUCUCUCUGCUCCUGCCAUGCCAACCUUCCUUCCUUCUGCUGUUUUCCCCUGUGCUGAGGCUGCUCCCACUUCCAAUUUUGUAUUUAUUGCCUGGAACAGUUAUUUCCUUCAGCUGGCACACCUCACCCUCUUCUGUCUGGUCUCUGCUCAGAGCCCCUUACAGACAGGCCUUCCGUGAGCAAGUGAAGUUAGAACUCUCCAGAUGGCAGCCUUUUGUCCCUUUCUAAGGCUGGACUGCUUUAUUUUUGUCUAAAGCACUUGUUGACACUUACCUUACUUGUUUCUGUGUCUGUAAUUUCUCUCCCCCGACUAGAAUGUAAGCUCCCUGAGGGAGGAAUUUUUAUCUGUUUUAUUCCCUGUGCCAUCCCCAGCAUCUAGAUGAAUGCCUGGCAGUGGAUAUAAACAAGGUAUAGGGAAUCGCAUAAUUUACUGAAAUAACUCUAUAGCCCAAAAGUUCAAAUAUCUGGUCCUAGCCUCAGUCCCUCUACAAACUAGCUGUGAGACAAUGAGAUGACUUAAAUUGACCAGCCUUACGUUUCCUAUAGGCAAAUGAAGUAAAGAAUGCCAGCCCUAUUUAUGAGAUGAUGAGAUGAGGUCAUCAGAUGAGCGUGUUGGAAGCUCUGAGUGCUGGUCAGAUUCAGAGGGCCAUGGAGCCCUUGCACACAGCAGAUGCUCGUGAACGAUUGGCUCAAUAUUGCUUUUAUCCCUGGUCACCGACCCUUGGGUGGGUACAUGGUAUUGCAUCUGGGGUGUGGCCUAUGACCUAAUGGAGACCUUUCAAUAAAUUAUGACAUCAAUAAUUCAGAGGCAGGCUGUGUAAUUUCACUGCUUCUCCAGAGGGCUGGAGAAAUGUUCUGCUUCCCAGAGCCAUAAAAGUUCUCUUGACAUAAAAUCUACAGAAGUGGGUUUGGCAGGCAAGCUGUCUUCCAUGACUUCAGUGACGGUUUUUCAAAAUCAGGUUUUACUUCAGUACUUUGUGCUGGAUUUUGAGGCUGGCAUCCUGCAGUAUUUUGUGAAUGAGCAAAGCAAACACCAGAAGCCUCGAGGAGCCUUGUCUUUAUCCGGAGCCAUAGUCUCCCUGAGCGACGAAGCUCCCCACAUGCUGGUCGUGUACUCCGCUAACGGGGAGAUGUACAAACUGAGAGCUGCCGAUGCAAAAGAGAAACAGUUUUGGGUGACUCAGCUUCGAGCUUGUGCCAAAUACCACAUGGAAACGAAUUCUAAGACUACUCCAAGCUCCCGAAGCCGAAGUCUCACUUUGCUCCCCCAUGGAACACCCAAUUCUGCAUCUCCCUGUAGCCAGAGACACCUCGGUGCGGGGGCCCCCGGUGUUGUCACAAUCACACAUCACAAGUCGCCUGCAGCCGCCCGAAGAGUCAAGAGUCAGUAUUCCGGCCAGCUUCACGAAGUCAGAGAGAUGAUGAACCAGGUGGAGGGACAGCAGAAGAACCUUGUGCACGCCAUCGAGUCUCUGCCAGGUUCUGGCCCCCUCACUGCCUUGGACCAGGAUCUGCUGCUCCUGAAAGCUACCUCUGCUGCCACCCUCAGCUGCCUUGGGGAGUGCCUCAGCUUGCUACAGCAGAGUGUGCACCACGUGAGCCAGCCCAGCCACAAGCCAGGGGCCUCAGAAAACAUCCUGGGAUGGCACGGGCCCAAGUCACAUUCCACAGAGCAGCUGAAAAAUGGGACACUUGGCUCUUUGCCAUCAGCCAGUGCCAACAUAACCUGGGCAAUUUUACCAAACUCCGCUGAAGAUGAACAGACCUUACAGCCAGAGCCAGAGCCAAACUUAGGCCCUGAAUUGGUUUUGUCCGAAGAUGAAAAAAGCGACACUGAAGAUAAGGAAGAGACAGAAUUGGGCGUCAUGGAGGAUCAGCGUAGUGUAAUCCUUCAUCUCAUUUCACAGCUCAAACUUGGAAUGGAUUUGACCAAGGUGGUGCUCCCCACGUUUAUUCUGGAGAAGCGAUCCUUGCUGGAGAUGUAUGCGGACUUCAUGGCGCACCCAGACCUGCUGCUGGCCAUCACUGCUGGAGCCACGCCAGAGGAGAGAGUCAUCUGCUUCGUGGAGUAUUAUCUCACAGCCUUCCAUGAGGGCCGCAAGGGGGCCUUGGCCAAGAAGCCCUACAACCCCAUCAUUGGCGAGACAUUUCACUGCUCUUGGGAAGUUCCCAAGGACAGGGUCAAGCCAAAGAGGACUGCUCCCCACUCUCCUGCCAGUCAUGAACACCCGAUGACCGAUGACCCUUCCAAAAGCUACAAACUAAGGUUUGUGGCUGAGCAAGUAUCCCAUCACCCGCCCAUCUCCUGCUUCUACUGUGAGUGCAAGGAGAAGAGACUGUGCGUCAACACUCAUGUAUGGACCAAAAGCAAGUUCAUGGGCAUGUCCGUGGGGGUCUCUAUGAUAGGGGAAGGUGUGCUGAGGCUCCUGGAACACGGGGAGGAGUAUGUGUUCACCCUGCCUAGUGCCUACGCCCGCUCCAUUCUCACCAUCCCCUGGGUGGAGCUAGGUGGAAAAGUCAGCAUCAGCUGCGCCAAGACCGGGUACUCGGCCACGGUGACAUUCCACACGAAGCCUUUUUACGGAGGGAAAGUCCACAGGGUCACAGCAGAAGUGAAGCACAACCCAACCAACACCAUCGUUUGUAAGGCCCACGGGGAGUGGAACGGUACCUUAGAGUUCACCUACAACAACGGAGAAACCAAAGUCAUCGAUACAACCACAUUGCCAGUGUACCCGAAGAAGAUCAGACCCCUGGAGAAGCAGGGGCCCAUGGAGUCCAGGAACCUCUGGCGGGAGGUGACCCGAUACCUGCGGCUGGGGGACGUUGACGCUGCCACGGAGCAGAAGCGGUGCCUGGAGGAGAAGCAGCGGGUGGAGGAACGGAAGCGGGAAAACCUCCGCACACCAUGGCAGCCCAAGUAUUUUAUCCAGGAGGGUGACGGCUGGGUGUACUUCAAUCCCCUUUAGAAGGCACACUGAUGGCGUGGAGGUGCCGAGCUUUCAGAAAUAGCCCUGUUUUUCUAGGAAUUAAAGUGGUACGGUAUCAAGGUUCUGCUGGUAUUCCCUGAGACCUCUUGAUAUCACUCAAGAGAUGGCACCUAAGAGAGAAACUACAUACUGUGAAAAAUGCACCCCCAAGCUCUGCUAGAGGAUUGAAUUUAUUCAAGAGCCAUUUCGGGCAUGUGUGUGUACACAGGUUUGUGUGUGAGCUCUUGGCACACUAUGUGUUCACACACAUGCACUAUAUACACGUCUGCUGAGUAUUAUUACACAUGUAAAUACUACUUACCAAGAUUUAAGUGGGUAAUUAUGAGCUCCUUUUUAUCAAUGAGGUUUGAAGUUUUCUAUUUUUCACUUUGCCAAAAGUUUUGCACUCACAAAGGUAUUCUCAUGUGGUCAACUCCUGUCACAACAAAGGUGAAUUGGCAUGGCCCAAUUGAUGUCCACAUGGCAGAAAAUGGCUCAUUCCUGGGAGAAGUGUAUAGGUGGCUAUCAUUUCAAAAUUAUUGUUGUGAGUCCCACCUCCCUUCCCACUUCAACAUUUCGUUUGUGCAUACUCAAGAAAGAUAAACUGUUAUUUCCUGCUGGAUGGGGAGUUAAAGGUUGAUGCCAGAGCCUUCAGGAUGGAGCACCUCUGGGAGAACCUAGAGCCAGGCCCAGUUUGGAAUUUUCCUCCCAUCUACUUGCCCCAGAACCUUUCUGACAAUUUCUCAUGCUCAAAGCACUAGUCAUACAUUUUUCAGAAGCUGCUGCUUUUAUGGUAGAAAACAAGUCAAUGGAGACUUCACUACUUUUAUGAUGAAAAAAGGGCUUUAGAAAUUAAAUACAUGCAUGCAUAUACAAACAUGUACAACCACAGCCUCAAUCUCAUGUUUACUUUGGGGAAAGAGAAAAGAAUUUCCAGUGGAUUUUUUUAAGUGCACCUCUCUUGUGUGACCCAAACUCUGCCACAAAACCACUGUGAUUAAAACAUACAUAAAGCCUGCAUAAGUGUCCCAUGGUUUCAGUUGAAUUUCAGUCCCCAGCCUUUACAAAUGAGGUCAAGACAUGACUAGAAUUUAAAUCAAGGGAAAAAAAUGAAGUAUUUGAUUUUUGUUCAAUGCUUAAUUUAUUUUUUACUGUGCCACUCAAAUGAGAAUAUUUAUAAAAUCCAGUAGCAUGAAUGCUUCUCUGUAGUAAUACUAAUUUUUGUGCCUUUUGUCUGCUUUCUUAAGACCAAUUGUUCACACUUUGUAGAUAUUAGACAAAUAUAUUUCGAUUAAAUACUGUGCCUAUC